CUGGUUCGAGUCAGUCAUUCAGAGCAAUCCGUGCCAUGAAGAAGCGUUCAUUCUAGUGCGUAGUUUAAGCUGUUUUCGGUGAUUGUUUGUUUGUGAUUUUUAUUUUUUUUCGUUUCGUUUUACGUAACAGCCAGUCAAUAUUUAGCAAUUACAAACAUAAACGCCCGCAACUAAGAUGGAAAGUAUUGGAGAUCUGGAUUUGAAGAGCGCGGAACACUCGAUUCCGUUGGACGUGCUCAGUGACCUAUUGUCACGUUUCAUCAUCAAUGUUCCUGAUGCGGCCAAACAAAACAACAUACGUAUUUGCUUCCAAAUAGAGCUGGCCUAUUGGUAUUAUCUUGACUUUUAUGUCAACAACGAUAAUAACAAACUGAGGAGCUGCAAUUUCAAGGAGUUUGCAGCCCACGUCUUUCAGCAUUUGCCGUUCUUGCAAGGUCAAGCAGGUAGAUUGAACGAGAUCCUGGAUGAAUGGAGGGAGUACAAGCAAUCUGUGCCGACGUACGGUGCGAUUCUGUUGUCGGAGGGAAACAGCCACGUGCUGCUGGUUCAGAGUUACUGGGCAAAAUCCUCCUGGGGCUUCCCCAAAGGCAAAGUGAACGAGGACGAAGAUCCGGCUCACUGCGCCAUCCGCGAAGUGUACGAAGAAACGGGAUUCGAUAUAUCCAGUUACAUCAAUCCCGAGCAUUACUUGGAAGCCGUAAUUAACGAGCAAUUGGUGAGGUUGUAUGUAAUUACUGGAAUUUCAAGGGACACCACGUUCCGGCCGAGGACGAGGUACGAGAUUAAGGCAUGCCAGUGGUUUCCGAUCGCCGAUCUACCGAACAACAAGAAAGACAUGACGCCCAAGGUGAAGAUGGGCGUGAGCGCGAACUCCUUCUUCAUGGUGCUGCCCUUCGUGAAGCGCAUCAAGGCGAUCUCGAGCUGCAAGCCGAAACGCCAGAGGAACAAGUCCUCAAGCUUCAGCGAGGGCGAAAGCACGAACAAGAAUAAUAAGGCGAUCGCUGCGGUGGUGAUGACCGUGGUGGAACCACCGGUGAAGACGACGGAUACCAAAUCCAACAGCUUCACCACCACCGACACCACCACUACCACCACCACCGUCGCAUCCUCGAACGGCGAGAGCAAACGGAAGGUACAGUCGAAGCGUCAGCUCUUCUGCGCGCAGGACGAGUACGUCUUCAGCGCGCCUUCGUGGCUGAACUUUAAGUUCGACAAGGCCGCAAUCAUGGAGUGCAUUCCCUAAGCAGAACGCCUAGGGAUCAGUGCUCACCACUAAUACGUAUAUAUUUAGCAGGAAAAAUAUAUACGUAUUAAGAAAUAUAUAAAAAAAAAGCCAACAGAUGUCGCCGGUAUGUUGUUCAUAAUAUUUAUAAAAACAUGAACAGCAACGGGACAUCACACGCAUUGGCACAUCGUACAAAUUCUCAUCAAUUCAUAUUUGUUUUUUUUUAAUUAAUUAAUUAAUUAUUUUCCUGAUUUAUAAUGUAUAAAUUCAUUCAAGAGGCAAUUUAAGUUUUAAGUUCUGAAAGAAUUGUGAUAUAUACUUGUAAAUUAUAUAAAUAUGUAAAGAAGGAGGAGAAGAAGAAAGAAAACUCUCGCAAAACAAAAAAAAUGAUUGGUACAAAACACCAAAAAAACUGUGGUCGUGUACAGACAGGGAAAACUGCAUUAUUCGUUUGUAAUGUAAAUAUAUUUGGAUUGGAAAUACUUGAUUAGAUUGAAAAGAUGAAAAUGUUGAAUAUAUGAUUUGUUCCCUGAUGCGAGCGCACUUUCACUAAAUUUAAAAGAAAAAUUGUUAACACAUAUCUCGAAAAAGAUGAGAAAGAUGAAGAAGAAAAUGUUGUUCUGUGAAGAUCGCGCAAUCGAAAAUUAUGUUUCCUUUAUUUUUAUUGAUUUACAAAAGUUUUAAUUUAUUGAUUAAGUUUUCUACAAGACAGUUAGUUAGUGUGCGCGAUCCUCUCUAUCUCUCUAUAUUAUUUCUUUAUAUAUGUAUAAUAUUAUUAUUUUUUUUUUGUUUGUUGAGGAUUCUUUAUUUCGUUGCAUAUUGGUGUGUUUCCUUUUGUGCGAAGGAACGAGAGUGGUAGAAGGAAGGAAAAGAAAAGAAAAAAAAAGAGUUUUUAAUUUCG